AUGGCAUAUAGGCCCCAAGCCAAUGGAUCUGCGGAGCGUAUGGUCCAGACAACUACCAGAGCUCUUAAGAUGUAUGUGGAGGAUCUAGAUCAACGAGAUUGGGACGAGUAUGCGGAGCGGCUCACCUUUGCGAUCAACACUGCAAGAGAUCGGAUCCGAGGUGAAACCCCCUUCUACCUGAUACAUGGUUGGGAUCCCAGAUCUACCCUGGAGGCGGUGAUCCCGGUGGGGAGUACUCGCAGGCAUGAUCGAGAUCCGAGAAGGUGGCGGUAUAGAAUGCAAAAGUAUUACCGACAAGUCCGAGAACAAGUGAAUCAGCAUUUGCGUGAAGCAAUCGCGGAUCGAGCCGACACCCACAAUGAUCUGGUACAGCCACACCUCGUGGAGGCUGGAUCAAGGAUCUGGUUGUACUUAGAUCGAGUGCGCGAAGGAUAUGCGAAGAAACUGGCACACCUAUGGCAUGGGCCAUUUCGCGUCGCGGAGAAGAUCGGAGAACGAUCCGCAUACAGCAUUUUCCCGGUGGUGCAUGUCUCGAAGAUCAAACUGGUCAAGACAUUUCCAGAUCGACCAGUAGCUCGCCUAGAGGAUGCAGAUAGGGAUCGGAUAGAUUUUGACGAAGCUCUCCUACCCGAUGAUAGCUGGAUCCAGGAUCGGGAUCCAGACGAGUAUGAAGUGGAGCGGAUCUCAGACGUGAGAACCGGCAAGAGGACGAGAUAUGGCCGGAUCUACAGAGAAUUCCUGGUAUACUGGCGAGGGUAUGAGAUCCGACUUGGAUAG